GCUUUUCGCCUAGCAAGGGAGAGGCCCCUGCGGGCGGGCACCGGCUGCUGCUCGGAGCCCUCCCCGCCCCGGAUCCCGGCAGCCGGCGCCGCCCGCCGCAUCCCUGGCCCCGGGCGGACACACGCCGCGGGCGCGACGGAUUCCUAGAUGGCUAAUGAAUCGAGGCCCUGCCCAUGUGAUAUUGGAGACAGAUUUGACUAUGAGGGUUGUGGGCAGGAAGUACAAGUUGAGCACAUCAAGGCGUAUGUUUGCAAACCACCUGCCAGAACAGACAAAGCUGUGAUUGUGAUUCAUGAUAUAUUUGGAUGGCAACUCCCAAACACCAGAUACAUGGCUGAUAUGCUUGCGGCUAAUGGAUACAUAGCCAUCUGCCCAGACUUUUUUGCAGGAAGAGAAGCUUGGAAGCCUUCUGAUGACUGGUCCAAGUUAGGUGAUUGGCUGAAAACUCGAGAUGCCAGGAAAAUAAACAAAGAAGCUGAUGGUGUCCUGAAAUAUCUAAAGGGACAGUGUGGUGCAAAGAAAUUAGGGGUCGUUGGUUUUUGCUGGGGUGGUAUUGCUGUACGUCACCUGAUGAUGACAUACCCGGAAUUAAAGGCUGGUGUAUCUCUCUAUGGACUAAUCAAGGAUUCUGAUGAUGUAUCCAAUCUCCUGAACCCUACAUUUUUCAUUUUUGCUGAAAAAGAUGACUUCAUUCCCCUUCAUCAAGUCACCCUGCUGGAGCAGAAGCUAAAGAAAAAUUGUAAAGUCGAUUAUGAAGUUAAAAUUUAUCCUGGACAAACUCAUGGUUUUGUACAUCGCAGAAGAGAAGAUAUCAAUCCUCAAGAUAAGCCUUAUAUUGAGGAAGGAAGAAAGGAUAUGAUCAACUGGCUGAAUAAAUACAUUUAAUAGGAGAGCAAGCAACUUAAUUUGUAAUGCAAUUAUGUAAUGCAAUGGAGAUUUUCGAUAACACAUUUUAGAAAAUUGGGGGGAGAUUUUGUUGAAAUAGAAAUUAAAGAAAUAAGCAAACAAUAUUUUAGAUGUUUUUGUCGGUAGAUUCUAAUGGUUACUUUCAUAUUAUGUUCUUUUGAAGGAGUCUCAGAUUUCACCUAGCAGU